AUGUUCUCUUGGAUCAGCGGCUCGGGCAGCACGCCUCCGCUCUUCCUGGAAUUCCGCUCCUCCAAGACCUUUAUCAUCGUCACCGUCUCGACGGCCAUCUUCACCGACAUCUUCGUCUAUGGCAUCAUCGUGCCAUUGCUGCCCUUUGCGCUGAAGUCCCGCGCCGGCAUCGCGCCGGACGUGACGCAGAAAUGGAUCUCCAUCUUCCUGGCGGUGUAUGGUGCGGGAUUACUGGUUGCGGCGCCGCUCUGUGGGUGGUUCGCGGAUAAAAUCAGUUCGAGACGUGGACCCAUGCUGUUGGGACUUGCGGGGCUCCUGGGCUCGACGGUCAUUCUAUGUCUUGGGAGAAGCAUUGCUGUCCUGGCCAUCGGGAGGGCGCUGCAGGGUAUUACCGCCGCUGUACCAUGGGUCGUUGGCCUUGCACUACUCGUUGACACUGUUGGGCCGGAGGGGGUCGGAGUCGCCAUGGGCUAUGUCGGACUCAGCAUGAGUAUGGCGAUGUUGUUGGCGCCCUUGCUUGGAGGCGUGGUCUUUGCGAAAGCGGGCUACUAUGCUGUCUUCGCCAUGGCCUUUGGGUUGAUCAUUUUGGACAUCUUCUUGCGGCUUGUCAUGAUCGAGAAGAAGAUGGCGGUCAAGUGGCUACCCGUCGAACCAGUCAAGACGGAUCAGGAAGGCCUCGGCGGAAAAACUGAUGAAACCCACCAAGCGGGACUCGACAUCGAGAUGGACGAAGUGAGACAGGCGGACACCAAGGGAGCCUCAGAUGGCAAGACAGCCGUCAAUGAGUUGAGAGAGAACGCGGUCUCGGCACCGGACGACGCUCCAAUACCGCCGGUCAUCGUGCCCGACCACGUUCCAGAAAUCGUCAAGCACUGGACUGCGCAUCUUCCCCCGGUCGUGAGACUGCUCUCGUCCCGAAGGGUCCUGUCCGCCAUCUUUGGAUGCACAAUCCAAGCGACCCUAUACACCUCCUUCGACUCGAUCCUGCCACUCUACGUCCGCGACACCUUCCACUUCAAUUCCAUUGGCGCUGGCCUGAUAUUCCUUCCACUGGUCAUAUCAUCGUUCCUGGGCCCUGUCUUUGGGCAUCUGAGCGACAAACACGGCCCGCGAUGGUACGCCACAGCCGGCUUUAUCCUCGCCGGCCCCUGUCUGAUUCUGCUUCGACUCGUGUACAAAGAUACACUGAACCAGAAAGUGCUCCUCUGCGCGUUGCUAGCGCUGACCGGGACAGGCCUGACGAUGACGCUGACCCCGAUGAUGGCGGAGAUAGCGUACGCUGUGGAGGCCAAGGGACGCAAUCGACCCGCAGGCUACUUUGGCAAAAACGGAGCAUAUGCGCAGGCUUACAGCUUGUUCAAUGUGGCAUGGGCAGGAGGCUUUCUCAUCGGCCCGUUGCUGGCGGGUUUGACGGUGCAGGCAUCAGGCUGGCCGACCUCGACGCUCAUCUUGGGCUGUAUUUCUUUCGCCACUGCAAUUCCUGUGGCGAUAUGGACGGGAGGGAGCAUUUUCAAAAAACGCAAGCUACAGAGAGACGCGGCACGGGCAUUACACGAAGAGUAG